GAAAUACAUACAUACACCGUAUUUAAAAACGCAUUUUUAAAAGCCACGUUCCGAACUGACAAUCGCAGAUCUUCGCUCACUCAGAGACCGCAGGAUCAUCGGAGACGACAGAGAUAGAUUACGUCAAGAAAUAGUUCCUCCACCUACCUCGUUCGGCCUCCCCGCCCCUGUGGGGCUCCCCGAGCCCAGCUCAGCCCUGGGGGUCCAAGAACCCUGGCUUCUAAAACUGGCAUUUUCACCUUUUUUUUUUUUUUUUUUUAAUCCUCAUGGUAGGGGGAGCCAUCUGCUUUUGGCUGCACAUGGUCAAGGGGGGGGGUGUUCCCUGAUGAGAUAUGAGUCGUCCGGGGUGGGGUGUCCAGCGCCUUGGGUCCAGAGUUGCAGAUCGCCAGGAGAACACAGGUCGCGGGGAUCAGCAGAGAGAAGGGGGUGGUAAAGGGGGGAAAAAGCAAGGGGGAAAAAAGCCCCUGCGCAUUGAUCCGCGCCGUAUUUUUGGGUAAAUACGAUCACGUGGGGGCUAGGGAACCAAUGAGCUGCCGGGAAAAGGCUGGAAAAAUAAUUACCUGCCUUGAUUGUUCUGUGAGCAGAUAAAAAGUACAUAUACAGUUCAUACAAUAAUCUUAUGUAUGUAAAACCCUGUUACGAUGUCGGCGACGGGGCCCAUCAGUAACUAUUACGUGGACUCGCUCAUCUCUCACGACAAUGAAGACCUCCUAGCGUCCAGGUUUCCGGCCACCGGGGCUCACCCUGCCGCCGCCAGACCCAGCGGCUUGGUGCCGGACUGUAGCGAUUUUCCGUCCUGUAGCUUCGCGCCCAAGCCGGCCGUGUUCAGCACGUCGUGGGCGCCCGUGCCCUCACAGUCGUCCGUGGUCUAUCACCCGUACGGCCCCCAGCCCCACCUCGGCGCCGACACGCGCUACAUGCGGACUUGGCUCGAGCCGCUGUCCGGCGCCGUCUCCUUCCCCAGCUUCCCGGCCGGGGGCCGUCACUACGCCCUCAAGCCCGACGCCUACCCCGGGCGCCGAGCGGACUGCGGCCCAGGCGACGGCCGCAGCUACCCGGACUACAUGUACGGCUCGCCCGGGGAGCUGCGCGACCGCGCCCCGCAGACGCUGCCCUCGCCCGAGGCGGACGCGCUGGCCGGCAGCAAGCACAAAGAGGAGAAGGCCGACCUGGACCCUAGCAACCCCGUGGCCAACUGGAUCCACGCCCGUUCCACAAGGAAGAAGCGCUGCCCCUACACCAAGUACCAGACGCUGGAACUGGAGAAGGAGUUUCUCUUCAAUAUGUAUUUAACCAGGGACCGACGAUACGAGGUGGCCCGUGUUCUCAAUCUCACUGAGCGGCAGGUCAAAAUCUGGUUUCAGAAUCGGAGGAUGAAGAUGAAAAAGAUGAAUAAAGAGAAAACCGACAAGGAGCAAUCCUAAGCCCUGCCUCAGCCUGCUGCCUCCGCACAGCCAAGGGAAACACAAAAACCCCACAAAAAUGCCCCAACCCAGGCGGGAGAAAACAUGAAAAGAAAAGGAAAGAGCAAGAUAGAGAAAAGCCCACCGUCUUAAAAAGAAAAAAAGGAAGGAGAAAAUGCAAACUCUUGCGAUGUGGGAGGGUUAAGUGUUGAGAAAUUGGUGUUUAGAGUUAGUUCUAUCCAGCAAGGAGGAGGCAGGAAAAACCGCGGUCUCUUCCCCCCAGCGCAACCGAAAUAAAUGACACACACAAAUGUGAUUUUUUUCCUUCUUUCUUCAGAGAAGCCAGUAUUUGAAUUUCUCUCUGUCUCUGUCUUUCUCUGUCUCUGUCUCUAUCUCUGUCUCUCUCUCUCUCUCUCUGGUAUUUGGUUUGGGCCAUUCCUUCCUGGGCCUUGGGAGCUCUGUGGGCAGAUUUCGUACAAAAAAAAGACACACACAAUGAUGAUUCCCAGCCCAGAGCUGAGGGAUGAGGGCCAGAACGUGCUGCCGGCUGGGUCAGGCUGCACAGGCAGGCUGGUGCCUCAAGCUUAUACAGAACAGUGUCCUUCUCACCCCAGUGUCCCCCUCCAGCGUCUGUCCUGUAACGUGCUUCUGUUUGUUACAGUAGAACAACUCUGUUAAUAUAUCGGAGUCACUUAAAAAAAAAAAAAAAAAAAAAAAAA